AUGUUAUCCAUGACGGAAAAUCAUAAAACUUUCUUGGAUUUGGAUGCCCCCAAGAGGAAUGUGAUUUACAUUCCAUUGCCGUCGCCCAACGCCAAAGUGGAGCCAUUCCCGCCGAGAACUUUUGUUCGAAAGUCGAAGCGACGAAAAAUCGAUGACUCGAAUUUGUGGCUGGAGGCGAUUAUGAGAGCACGCGCGUUGGCGGAGCUGCAGGAAGAAGAGGACAUCAUUGAAAAAAUUUAUGGGGUAAGUAACGGAAAAUCAACCUCUAGACUUUUUCUUCAAUAUCAGUCUGUCGGGAAAAUAAUGAGAAAAAGGUCGCUACGCCGAUCGCGUUGCUGAAGUGAAAAGGAAUGAAUUUCUCCGCAAUCUUCUUUUCCGCAGCCACGGGGUUUAUGGUUUUGCUCAUUAUUUUCCCGACAGACGAAAAUAAUCGAUUUAACUGCGGAAAUAUUAUACUCCAAUCAACUUGGGGUUGCAAAACGAACUGUACGGCAUCCGUGAAAUCUGGGGGCCACAUAUCGGCUGUCGGGAAAAUAAUGAGCAAAAUGUCGCUGUGCCGAUCGCUGAAUUCAAAAACAAUUUUAUUCUCCGCAAAAAAAAAUUCGUUUUCUCGGCGGCGACGCGAUUUUCGAUGCGACAGAGUGCUCCUUAUUUUCCCGACAGACUGAUAUCAAAGGGUAAAAGAAGUAGCUUCCGCUUGGCAGGCGCUGCCGAGAUAUUCAACCAUCUCAGCCAGAUAGUUUCGAAGGGAGACUGAAUAUGAACUGGGGUGCUGACUGAAUAUGAAAACCGGGUUUCUGUUACUGUUACUACUUAGGUUCCGAUUAAGGACUCUUUUUAAAAUUUUUUCGACUUAUGACACCUUUAGAUGUUAAUGGUGUUGUUUUGGUGCCUAGUGCUGCUUAAAAAAAACUUUUUUAACACUUGGUGCUAAAUAGUACUACCUGGUACUAUUUAGUACGAGGUGAAAAUUUGGCUGGUAAUGGUUUUUUUUUGGUGCUUAGUACAGCCCAAAAACACAUUUUUAGCACUUGGUACUAUGUAGUACCAAUUGGUACUAUUUAGUACGAGGUGAAAAUUUGGGCGUAAGGCGGUAAUGGUGUUGGUUUGGUGCUUAGUGCAGCCCAAAAACACAUUUUUAGCACUUGGUACUAUAUAGUCCUUGAAACAGACCAAAUUUUCCAAAUUUCAUAUUCAGUCAGCUCCACAGUUCAUAUUCAGUCAGUUCAUUUUCAGUCAGUUCAUAUUUAGUCCUUUAUAUUUAGUCCUUCAUAUUCAGUCAGUUCAUGAUAGUUUAAUUAUCAACGCUAGUCUUUUCAGAAGUACCAGCCAGAGAUUGUGCCGCUUGAAUCAGUGCCGAUUCAGGAGGCCGCAAAUAAAGGCAAGGGCCUGAAACGGAAAGCCGAAAGCGCCGAAGACUCUGUUGUAUCCAAGAAGUCAAAAACUGAGAACCAAGACGAUGAGAUACGGCCGGACUUGCUCUCCAUGGCCGAUAUUUAUGAGUUGAUUUGGGGUGAUUAA